GGUAGAAACAGGUCUUCUUCUCCGUAAAUCCCUUCUCUUCUUCGUUAAUCCAAUUUUCACUACACUAUCCACACAUUUCUCGAAUCUCUCCACAAGAUGAAGCAGUGUGAUCAUGGUCUCUCUCCUUUCGCUUCACCUUUCGCCAUUGGUUCUUCCUCUUUAUCUUUCCCUGCUUCUGAAUCCGAUCCCGAAGAUUCCUUCUGGCGUGAUUUUGCUUUCGAUUUCUCCUUUCUAACUUCCGACGACCAGAAGAACGGCCUCGAAGAUGAUAUUGAUUCUCUAUCUAAUCUUUCACGCCCUUCGGAUUCGACCACUGUUCCUAAAGCGGAAGAAUCUGAGCUAUAUGGUUUAAGGAGAAGUGAAAAGUCUGCUUCAUUUGUCAAACUCCCGAAUGUUCUUGAAUCUGAUUUGAAGUGUUUCGAUUCUAAGCCUCGGAUUUCACCUUCGUUAGCUAUGGAUGCUACAAGCGACUCUCGUGCUCUGAAUUUUCCAAAAACAGCAUCGGUUCUUGGAGUUUCCAGUAUAUCUCCAGUGGCUAAGAAUGCUACGGUAGCUAGUGAGGGACUGUUUCGUUGCGCCAAGGACAAUGAAGUUUGCUCGAGGGAAGUUCUGGUUAGCAAAGAUAGCAAUUCUAGUCCACUCUUCUCCAAGAUGUUGAAAUCUUGUAUACCUUGUGAUCAAGAUGAGGAUGCUGAGGUGGACUCUCCGUGCUGGAAAGGAACAAGGUCUCACAACACUGCGGCUUCAGGUACCACUAAGUCGUUGAGUUUCAGGCGUUCUACCGAUGAUCUGAAUAUUCUUUAUGGAUUGAAUCCUUUGGCACCUCAGUUUAUACCAUCAAACGCUAAGAAGAACUUAGACGAUAAUGGGAAAGAAUUUGAAGAAAACUGUUCUUCGUCUUUGAAAAAGUCUCUGUCUUCAACCUUUCUACCAUCCUCGGGAGAGUUCAGCGUAAACGAUCCUUCUGAUGCUGGGAUUGAACAAGACUCCAGGCAAAAGAAUAGUAUAGGAAUCCUGUUUAACGAUGCUGAUGAAAGUUUGGGUUUAGUAUCUCAAGUUGGUGUUUCCAAGACUAUGAGCUUAUUGGAGAUUAGCAAUCAAUUCCAGACGCCUAAAAGGCUUGAUCCUUUGGCCCCUGUUUUUGUUCCUGCUAAUGCAAAAGAGAAGCAUGGUGCAGCAGAUGACAUGAUAGCUAUUGAGACAAACGCUCACUCAGCUUACGCUUUAAGUUCUUCAGACGAUUUGUUGCUAAAUCGUGUAAAGGUUGAGACACAUUCUUCAGAGGUCGGCCACAGUUUUAGGAAUCCAUACUCUAAUAGUGUUCAUCAGUUACGAAAAACUUAUUCACUCAACCCUCGUCUUGGAUCUCAAGUUCAGAUUUCUGAGAAUACAAAACUAGAUCCUUCCAGCAACAAGUCUCAUUGUCCGAAGAAGCUAAAUCCUCUCGCCCCACAGUUCUCGCUAGCAGAUACCAAACCAAAAGUAUAUGGCUAUGAGAAAAACCAAGCUGCAAAUGAUAUACCACCCAAUGUGUAUAGUUCGGUUUUGUUCUCUCCAAAUGGCUAUAGUAACCAAGAAGAGCUACAUGCAGAGUUAGCACAAUCCUCGAUGCAUGGACGUCUCCGUCCCAACAUUUUACAUGGAAAUUCUUCUCCACAAAUGGAUGUUACGAAACUCCUUACAACGAUCCAUGGACUGUCAGAGUUGCUAACACACGUACACAGCUCAGGAACUUCAGAUUCACCAAAUGAGCAAGAUCUUGAUCUCAUCAACUGUACUGUACAGAAUCUCAAAUCGUACAUCAAUAAUAGAAAUCAGCAGCAUUCUGGGAAGUAUUCAAGCGCUUUACACAGCUCAUGUGAUUCAAAGUUGUUGCCUAAUAUGAGUAAGCAAUCGAUUAGAGACCUUCAGAUACUAAAGGCGAAAAAUAUGAGUGCCAACGUUGAUGUUAAAAGGAAAGAAAAGUACCCCGUGGUCUCAGGGGAAACAGGAGCAGCUUAUCAAUUUGAAUAUGGUGUGACGAAAGAAAAUGGCUUUGGCCCGGUUGUAAGGAAUCAUCAAACAGAAGAGCGAAUCAACCCACAAGUGUUAUUCUAUAAAAGUUUAUGGCUCAAGGCUAAAGCAGACAGGUCUUUGAUGGAAUAUGAAACACUUCUCUCGAAAACAACAACUUGAGCAAACUUUGAGAGACUGAGUUGAGACUAAGGUGAGCAUAUUGAAAGUUCAAGCGGCCUCAGAAUCUCAGGUCCGAGCAUGGAAACUUAAGUAUGUUAUGAAACAGAGCUAGAGAAAUUUUGCUAGGAAGUGUAUUAGUAGUUUGAAAAGUCAAAGCUAGGAAGGACAUGAGAAUCUGAUUCUGUUCUGUUUAAACUCUUAACACACACCAAACUUGUAAUCAAUUUUGUUGUCUUUUUCA